UCAAAAUAAAAUUCUGUCUUAUUCGUUUAUCAUAUAGUUAAAUUGUAACUGCAGCUGCUGUUAUUAUUCUUUUUCGAGUAAUUGGUUUUUCACUGUAUUAAUACAUACAAUCAAGACAGAAAAGCACGGUUUACAAGCGGUAGCGGUUGAGAUCCCCAGCAUCCGUCCCGCACUGAGGCUCGCAGCGACGCGUCGCCACCCCGUAGACAUGGCUCCGUGAAGCGGAUGGUGGUGCGACUCAGUCGCGUCAAGGGGUUAGAGGGGCGCCGCAAUGACGUGCUGUUCACGCCGUGCGCGCGCCGCGUGCCAGCGCCGCCCGCUCUCGUGUUCUGGGGCGGCGACGUGCAGGACUAUCCGGAGAUCAUGCAGGCGCACCGCGACAAUAGGAACUAUAUCAAGUGGAACCUCGAAAACACGGCUCGCAUCCUCAGUCAAAACUUCCCCACCUACCACAUUGUAGUCGUUCGGCCCUCCAGGAUAGAAUACAAGAGUUUCAGUUGCUAUGACAACUUCGUGCCGAGCAACAACGCCGGCGUGCCCGAGCACACGCCCACGCACAGCGCGCUGCUGCACCUGCAGAGGUUACUGCAAGAAGUGAGUAGUCAAGUGAAGAAGAUCCCCGAACAGGAGCUGCUGGCGGGCCUGGAGACCGCGUCCGAGGACACUGAAGAUUUCCACACUACUUCGCCACAGGAAGGUAGCUCGAACGGCGCCGCGAGUCCAGCGCCGGCGCCGGGGACACUCGAGCCGCCGACGGGCCGUCUGUGGUGGCGACCGAGCUUAGCGCUGCAGGACUCGGAGCUGGCGCUGGUGGGGUUCAGCAAGGGCUGCGUGGUGCUCAACCAGCUGCUGUACGAGUUCCACUACACGCACACACUCACGCCGGCAGACACGCACGCCACAAGGUUCAUUGCGCGCAUCUCGGCGAUGUACUGGCUGGACGGCGGGCACGCUGGCAGCCGCAACACGUGGCUCGCCUCCCGCUGUCUACUAGAAACCCUCGUCAGGCUCAAUGUGGAGAUAUUUGUGCACGUGAGCCCGUACCAGGUGUGCGACGAGGCGCGGCCGUGGAUCGGCAAGGAAGAGCGCGCCUUCACCGCCAUGCUCCGGAAGCUAGGCGCCAACAUCCACCGCUACCUGCACUCGGCCGCGGCGCCGGUGACGCUGCUGACGCACUUCAACGUGCUCAGCCACUUCCGCGGCCUCCAGGACUCCGGGGCUCCCGGCGCGCCACCCGAGUCCGACACCGACGAGACCACCAAAUAA